CCUGUCCAGUAGGUGGCAGUAGAGAAUCAAGAAUAAAUACCAAAUACCUUCCUACUUCCUACAUAGACGCACUACAAAGGGUAUGAAUUAAUACCUUGUGCGCCCUAUGUAGUGCCCUAAACAUCUAACACUGAGCGGUUUGGGGUUCAGCCCUGGUGUGGAAUAACGUCACAGCAAGCGAGUGCACUAGACCAGAUAUUCGCUAUUAUUUCACAAGAGGGAAAAGCAGUAAAAUGACUAAAUUAGACGAGUUAAACGUGUUCCUGAGUGAGAGACUGUCGGCGGCGGUGAAUGAGAUUCUCGACACAGUGAGCAGGAUGAUGCAGGAGUACGAGGAGGAAACGGCUCGGAUACGCAAAGAGAACGACUAUCUGAAGGAAAUGUUAAAGCUCACAGGAUGGAGUUUUACAGAAAUAAAUCCGGCAGGGAAAUCACCAAACUGUUCUGGACUGAUUCAGAUCUGCACUGGAGAUCCCCUGAUGUGGGCUUUUCAAUCCCUCACAGGUGUGUCCCUUGGAAAACAAGAUGGGAUGUCAAACCUGCAGCACGAAUCAGAGACCUGGGAGGGCUGGUGUCAAAACCCAGAGCUGAAGGAAGAAAGCACAAGCAUUAAAAUAGAGCAGCCUGACCCACCAUACCCUGCACAUCCCGACUCCGAGGAUACAGAUAAAUUUCCAAUUUCUGAUCUGGAGAUGGGUUCACCAAUAUCUGAUGUCUGGAACAGUUUGAAAAACAGCAAAGGAAAAGCUAAAUUAAAGCUGAAGAAAAAACAUUACUGCUUAUAUUGUAAGAAACCUUCCCCCCGAAUGGCACAGCAUCUCCUAUCAGCACAUGCUAGAGAACCAGAGGUGGCAAAGGCCCUUAGUUAUGACAAGAAGUCAAAGGAAAGGAAACAGUUGCUGGAUCUUCUGCAGAGCAAAGGAAACCUCUUGCACAAAGAUGUGGGUAUGAGUAGAACCCUAGUGUCAUCUAAAUGGCAUGCCACAGCUGGAUCUAAUAAGGACUAUGUGCAGUGCAUUUAUUGUCUUGGAUUAUACAGCAGUAAGAGCAUUGCUAAUCACAUAAAGAGAUGCAAGCAUAAAUAUCCAUAUAGAGCUAAAGCUAGCACUGCUAGUCCAAUGUCCAGUACCAGCGCUUCUCAGCCAGGUACCUCUUUAAGUGAAGAACUACUACCAGCUAAUCAAGCGAGUUCUCCUAAUUCAAAAAGGUCAUGUAGUGCCAUACAGGAAAAUCCUAAUCCUGAAUCUGUUAGCACCCGUGUUUCAGACACUCAUCACAGUGCAGCACAGCUUCACACUGACACAGAAUCUGCAGGUUCUCCCUGUGAAGACUUGGGGUUAGUUGGUGAACAACUACUUGCUGAUCUUGAAUCACAAAGUGAUCUCACUUCAGACACCAGUUUGGUCAGAAACGACCAUGUGCACAAAAAUCCAACCUGCAGCUCUCCAGCCUACUACCAGACUGAAACAAGCAAGAGUGAGGACAAGAAAACUGACGCUGAACAAAGCAGGAGCUCUUAUGUUGAAACUGAAUCAAGGGUGAUCAACAGCCCUUCAGACGAGGAGGAGAGUGUAGCACAGAACACACAGCUGUCACACAUCUGUCAGCACUGCAGCGCCACUUUCUGCAGUCCCUACCACCUACGCAGACAUGAGUACACUCAUACAAAUGAAAGGCCUUUCUGGUGUAGUGAGUGUAAUAUGGGGUUCAUUCAGAAAUAUCGCUAUCGAAACCACAGAAUGAUCCACCAUGAAGAGAGACAUUGCAGCGUUUACAAGGAUCAAUCAAGAAGGCGUAAAAGCCGAUCUUCCAGUGGAGAGAAGCCGGCAGAGAGUGAGCUCCAUCAACAGUUGGCUGAGAGCACUGCAGGUACGUCUGAGCCUUUCACCGAUUCCGAGGAAAGAGUUUGACUCAACAAACACAGGAAGCUUAAGGAAGUUUCACAAUGAAAGAAUAACUGACUGGAAAGAAGAGAGAGAACCGGUGAAUGGUGUGCCAGAGAGAGACCCGGUUUGAUUAGGAAUUCUGGUUCAUUUUUUUUUAUAAAUUGUAAUAAUUCAUAUUACCCUUUAGGUACAUGUUUAUUGUAUUGGAUUUUUAUAUCUUGCUUAAUAUAGUAUUUCGAAACAAUGAACACUUAAAUUAAGUGCAGUUACUUUUUUAUGUCAUCGAAAUGGUUAUUCUUGUGCAUCAUUACAAGUUCAGAAUAAAAAUGUCCUGAGAUUUCAA